UCAGCUGACCAGGUGUAACAGCACCGAGCAGGAAGGACUAGCUAGUUUUAAACAACAUGACUUUCUUCAAAAGAAGUUAGAGGUACUGUUACGUCUGCCUUUUUAAACUCUUGGCUUUUUUUCUUUUCUUUUUUAAAGUAACGUUACGCGACAGGUCGUUGCCUAAAAUACAUUUCCCUUAAAUUCAGCUGAAAACGCCUAAAAGUGUUGGGUAGAUCAACAAGUCCAAACGGAGCACAAAGAAAAUACAAGUGCCUCUCAGAUCAGAUGUCUUCCUCCUCCUCCACUACCUCUGCUGUCCUCCUAAAUACGGGGGCUCAGAUGCCCCUCCUGGGUUUGGGGACCUACAAGUUGGUGGCUUCUGAAGAUGUCUACCGGGCUGUGGACGCAGCGCUGGUUGCUGGUUAUCGGGCCUUUGACAGUGCUGCCGUCUACCGGAAUGAAGCUGACCUGGGCCGAGCCCUGAAGCAGCUCCUGCCCAAACAUGGCUUAACCAGAGAGGACGUAUUCAUAACCAGUAAGCUGGGCCCCAAGGAUCAGGGUGAGAGAGCCAUGGAAGGAGCCCUCCGCAGCCUGUCUCAGCUGGACUUGGGUUACAUUGACCUGUACCUGAUCCACUGGCCUGGCACACAGGGUCUGGUAGUGGCUGACCAACGCAACCCAGGCAACCGAGCUCAGAGUUGGGUCACACUGGAGGAGCUGCAUGCCCAGGGGAAGCUGAAGGCCAUAGGAGUGUCCAACUACACACCAGCACACAUGAGACAACUGAUGCAGAGCUGCAAAGUCCCUCCUGCGGUGCUACAGGUAGAGUUUCACCCAAGGCUGUGCCAGACGGAGCUGAGGAGUGUGUGUGAGGAGUAUGGAGUGUGUUUCCAAGCGUACUCCUCCUUGGGGAAAGGAGAGCUGGUCAAUGAUCCUGUGGUGAUGGAGAUGGCAAAGAACUGUGAGCGCACACCUGCACAGGUCCUGUUGCGCUGGGCUGUGCAGCAGGGCGUCCCAGUGCUCCCCAAAUCUUCAAAUCCAGACAGAAUAAAGGACAAUGCCCGACUUUUUGACUUCACACUGAGUGACACAGACAUGGACAGACUGUCAGUUUUGGACUGUGGGCACAAGUACUGUUGGGAUCCAUCAGAAGUGGCUUAAUAGACCAAUAGCGGAACACACAUAAUCUUCCAUGAUGUCUCUUUAAUGCUGCUGUUUUUUUGCUCUGAGCGGCAGUGAUGGGAAACCACCACUAGAAAGU